CUUAAGCUUUAAUUUAGAUUUUUAAAUAUGGCAACUAGGACUAACUUUUCCAUGUUAUUUCUGGUUGUUUCAGGCAUAGUUAUGGUGAUGUUGUGGGUCCUCCCAGCCAAGGCCGAUGGUGAACUUAGAGAAACCAACAUGACUGUCUACUUUCAGGACUACUCAGGCGGUCCUAACGCCAGUAGCCUUCCAAUGGUAGGCUUUCCUGGCAAGAUCUGGUCUGUCACCGACUUUGGAACACUCCUUGUGACUGAUGACCGCAUGACAGAAGGUCCGGAACUCACAUCAGCCACAAUUGGACGUGGGCAAGGUAUAUCCGUCACAGGUUUGGAUGGCCUCAACGCUUAUGUGUCCUUUUCAAUUGUCUUCACCAACGAGGCCUACAACGGUAGCACCAUAGAGGUACAAGGUAAUAGCAACCAAUUCAAGGCCGUCAGAGAAUAUGGUGUGGUUUCCGGAACGGGCAAAUUCCGAUAUGCCAGGGGCUAUGUUACCGUCGAGACUAUUUCCUACGACCGGUCUACUUAUUACGCGCUUCUCCGCGUCAAUGUUUCAGUCCGUCACUACUAGUUUAA